AAAGGCAUAGCAAAAAAAAAUUUAACUCUCCCUCUUAAACUCUCAAAAUUCACUCUCAAUUUUUUUCCCUUUGUUUCAAAUCUGUCGAGGUUCUCUCUCAAUACAAAACCCUUAUCUCAAUCUCUCGACCCUAAUCUCAAAAUCUCCCUACUCUUCAGUUCUCUUCUUUCUCCCUCCUCUUCCUUUCUCUAUGGCCAUUUAAUCCCGACCUUCCACCAGAUCUGCUCGCUGUGCUCCGCCCCAAAUCGACUAAGGUCCUUUCUCCGUGACGGAAUCGUAGGCUCUGCUCUUAUCAAUUAUCAUUUUUCAGUGUUAAUCUGAGAUUGGUGCUGGUCGCUACAUAUUGUGAUGGCUUCUAACGAUGGUAAGCCCUUCUGGAUGAAACACGCAGAAGACGCCCAAAUCAAGGACCAAGGAGAGAAAGAUGCCGCCACCAAAGCAGCAUUCGAAGCCACAUUCCAAGGCGUCGAUAGUGAUAGCCUCAUUAUUGUUUUCUCGUGUGGUGUUUGAUGGUAAAGGUCAUGUCUUUUAUGUCUGUAACAUGCUUUUCUUCUUCUGCUGCUGGACUCAUUGGCUCUCAAAUCGUCAAUUUUUUUGAACUAAUCAUAGAAAUUCUUCACUAUUUUCUUUCUUGCAGCAAGAAGAUUUGUCUCAGCCAUAAGAGAAAAGUUGCUUUUGGAGGUGUAGAGCCUGUGAGUCAACCUCCAUGGCGAUCUGAGCAGACAGGAACAUCAACUGCUUUUGCUCUCCCUGGUCCUGAAGGUUCCAAGAGUGUUCAAAAGGGUGUGACAGAGAAUGCUCUUGUUUUUGGUCCAACUCUACAGCCAAAACUCUUUCAGCUCAUCCAGGUGCACUUGGGUUGGGUUACUGGAGCAUAAAUUGUGCUUUAGCUCUUGAGAAAGAAAGUAUGAGCUGCAAAGAGACAGUAGGUUUAGAUGCUUGAGAAAGCCAAGAGAAACAAGAAGCUCCUGAGGCGAGUUCAUGGCGGCCUUGCCUUUAUCACUGCAGAGACUGAUUCUGCUUCCAGUCCGACAACAUAGCUUGCUUACCAGAGGAGGAGAAGAAGAAGCUCAUGUGUUGCAAUUUUGAUAUCAACUAAAAUUUUGGUUUAGUUUUUGUAUAGGUUUGGUUAUUUUGUAAACAAUUCGUUAU